AUGGCUCCGAAGAAGGAAAGCGACGGCCUCAGCGCAUUCGAGCGCCGCCGCCUAGAAAACAUUGCUGCGAACAAAGCCCUGCUGUCCGAAAUCUCGGUUACAGCAAAAAACAUUAUACCAGACAAGCCUGUAUCCAAACCAUCUGCACCGCGCAAGAGGACGAGAGCAGAACCUGUGCUUCGAGAGCCUCGACGAGGAACCCGCAUGAGUUCCCGUCUUGCCGGAGUAACGGCAGACGAUGAUGUGCUUAAGAGGAAGCUGGAGGUGGAGUCAGAGCAUCAAGCCGCAGAGAGCAAAGCAAAGAGACUGCGCAGCGGCGAGGAUAUGCAUUUGGGAGACAUUGUUGUUGACGGCCGGAAAUAUACAAGCAGCAUGGAUGACCUAAAGGGCAUCUUUCGCGGAGCGCAGCCCGGCGUGCGAACCUUUUCGGAUUACGAUAUCAAAGAGACUACCGAUGCCAAUCUGAAGGAAUUGCGAUCGCAAAUGAGCGGCUUGAAGCUAUAUGAGCACUGGAUACCCAAUGAUAUUAAAAUCACCCCGCAACGGAUAUACGCACUAAGCUUCCAUCCGACAGAGGAUAAACCCAUUGUAUUUGCCGGAGAUAAAGAAGGCGCCAUGGGAGUGUUCGACGGUUCACAGACGGCACCCGAGGUAGAUGACGAUGAUGAACAUGUGCCGGAUCCCGUUAUAUCAGCUUUCAAAGUUCAUGCUAGGACCAUUACUUCGUUUGCAUUCUCACAAGCAGACGCAAAUUCCAUAUACUCGUCAUCCUACGACUCUUCCAUACGGAAACUUGAUUUGGAAAAAGGCACCUCUAUUCAAGUCUUUGCUCCUGAGAGCAAGUACGAGGAGUUGCCCAUCUCCACAUUGGAGAUUCCUGCGGCAGAACCGAAUAUGCUGUAUUUAUCAACAUUGGAUGGUUCUGUUGGCCGAUACGAUACAAGAGUACCCGACAGCCUAGAAUUAUGGACACUCUCUGAUCAAAAAAUUGGAGGAUUCUCCAUGCACCCCCUACAUCCAUAUCUUUUAGCCACCGCAUCCUUGGAUAGAACCAUGAAGGUAUGGGACUUGAGGAAGAUGAAUGGUAAGGGGGAUAUGAAACAUCCUUCUUUAAUCGGAGAGCACGAAUCACGCCUAUCAGUCUCGCAUGCGUCGUGGAGUGCAGGCGGGCACAUUGCCACUUCGUCGUACGAUGAUACCAUCAAAAUCUACGACUGCUCCGGAGCCUCGAAAUGGAAGCCAGGCCAAAGCAUCGACAUGGUACCCGCGCACACUGUCAAGCAUAACAAUCAGACAGGUAGAUGGGUCACCAUCUUGAAGCCGCAAUGGCAAAAAAAUCCAGAAGACGGAAUUCAGAAAUUAUCUAUUGGUAACAUGAACCGAUUUGUCGAUGUUUACGCUUCAGACGGAAGCCAAUUGGCUCAGCUGGGAGGAGAUGGGAUCUCUGCUGUUCCGGCCGUGGCCCAUUUUCACCCGAGCAAGAACUGGGUAGCUGGAGGCACUGCCAGCGGCAAGCUUUGUUUAUGGCAGUAA